AUGACCAGCAAUAAUAAUAAUAAUAGUGCAAUUAGUCAAUUCUUUAAUGCAAAAUCGGUGUUUAUGACAGGUGCAACUGGUUUUAUCGGAAAACAAAUCAUUGAAAAAUUAUUACGAUCAUGUCCAGGUAUUGACAAUAUUUAUAUACUCAUACGAUCAAAACGUGGUGCUCACGUUCAUGAACGAGUUCAACAAUUGUGUUCAUUAGCUCUGUUCGAUCGAGUUCGUUUGUUAACACCUAAUUUCAAAUCAAAAAUAAUCCCAAUUAUCGGUGAUAUAACAAAAGCUAAUUUUGAUCUGACUAAUGAGGAUGAAAAAACAUUAAUCGAGAAUUGUCACAUUGUUAUCAAUUCGGGUGCAUCAAUUCGGUUUAAUGAACCAUUAAAACAAUCAAUUAAAGCAAAUGUUUAUUCAGUUCAGAGCAUGAUUAAUUUAUGCAAAAAGAUGAAACAUCUACAGUCAUUUGUGCAUAUAUCAACUGCCUAUGUUCAUUGUUAUCGUGCAGAUAUUAAUGAAGUUAUUUAUCCUAUGGAUGAUGAUCUAGAUAUACUAUUGGAAUCUCUGGACUACUUUGAUGAUCAAGUUUUUAAUCAUUUAUCGGAAAGAUUAGCAAAAAAAUAUCCGAAUACUUAUUCAUAUACUAAAUCCUUAGCAGAAUGUCUCUUACUACAGCAAGGCAAUGAUUUGCCUAUUGCAAUAAUUCGACCAUCAAUUGUUGGUGCUGCAUGGAAAGAACCAGUAACAGGAUGGAUCGAUUCCUACGCUGGUUCUACAAGCAUCAUAGCCGCAAUAGGCAAAUGUUUGAUUCGAGUAGCAAGUUCAAAUGAGAUAGUUGAUUUUCCAAUAAUACCAGUCGAUGCUGUGGCCAAUAUGACCAUAGCUAUUACAUGGAUUACAGCCACUAAAAAUAAUUCAUUAUCAACACCAUCUAUUUAUAAUUGUUGUACGGGGACAAACACUAAAACAUGUUUACCCUAUGGAGAUAUCUGUAACUUCGAUUUAACCGAAUUAAAUUGGCCAUCUUAUAUUCGAAAUUAUUGUAUUGGCAUAAAAAAAUAUUUACUUAAAGAAGAUUUACAACAAUCAUCCAUCAAAAAAUCACAUAAAUAUUCAUUUAUUAAAGCAAAAAAAAUUCGUCAUCUUUUAUCAAUAUUCUUCUUUUUUGCUGUAACAUGGCUCAUGCGACAAACGUUUCUAAGAAGAUUACGGAUAAUAUGGAGAACGUUAAAUACGAUUAUUCGAAGUUAUUUACAGCAGGAUAAAAAGAUUAUUUGCUCUCUUAAAUAA